AUGGCCACGAAAGGCAAGAUGAGGACGGCUGGGUACGCUCUGGUGUUUUUCCUGAGCUCUGCUUUGAUUAGCGCAUAUCUCUGGAUCCUAUACGCGAAGGUAGAUAUUCACGGCGUCGUGCAUACGGCAUGGGACGCUAGUGCCAACGCCUUUCGCUUGGGUCGUAAUACACAUCUUGUGCCAGCAGGGGCUGUGACUACAGGCCCCAACACUAUGAAUCCUCGCUAUGAUCCGACAGAGCCUCCUCGUGAGCGCUUUUUUGAUUGGACAGUCGAACGUGCCGACCUUGCGCCUGACGGCGUGACGCGUUUGAUGUAUACUAUAAAUGGCCAGUUCCCAGGCCCCAUUAUGCAAGUUACUGAGGGAGAUACGGUCGUGGUCAAGGUUCGCAACCAUAUAUUUGACAACUAUACCGUUCCCCCUGCACCUAUGUCGUCGAAACUGUAUGACGUGCACGCUAAGGAUACGGACCGCAAGUUUACUAUUCACUGGCACGGCUUGUCGAUGCGAGGCAUGCAAGUCAUGGAUGGCGCCUCUGCAUUUACGUCCUGCGCACUCACGCCAGGCGACGAGUACACAUACCGCUUUGUCGUGCAGCCAGAGGACGUGGGCACACACUGGUACCACUCUCACGUCGGUACAUCGCGUGCCGAUGGACUUUGGGGCAUGCUGAUCGUGCACGCACGUGAAGAUGAGCGCAAAGUGCUGAAAGAGCGCGCGCCGACGUUUGAUACACAUUGGGAUGAAGAGGUGGCGAUUUCUGUUGGCGAUCACUUCCAUGAUAUGGGCCCAGAGUCUUUGGCACGCUACGUCUCACGUUGGCUCCAAAAGGCCGAGCCUGUGCCGGAGAAUGCUCUUAUUAAUGGAAAACACGUUUUUAGCUGUGAGCACAGCCGCUUGUCCGGUGUGCCCUGUCCAGCUGGCGAUGCUGACGAGGUGGGCGAGUACAGCUCGUUCCAUUUCCGUCCAGACCGCGCUUACCGUCUUCGAUUGGUCAAUGUGGGAUCAUUGGCAGACAUCACUUUCAGUGUCGACGGACACACGAUGACCGUCAUUGAGGCGGACGGCACGCUUGUGGAGCCAUUGCGGGUCCACCGCAUCCCGAUCGCACCCGGUCAGCGGUACUCGGUGAUUCUGCACAAAGAGCCGACUACGAAGGCAGACCGAAUGUGGAUGCGUGCAGAAAUGUCACAUGAAUGCUUCCAGUACACGAAUCCGGUGAUGGAGCUCGAAAGCAAGGCCAUUGUAGCAUACGACGGGCGCCCACCGGCUUGGGAGGACGACGAAACGCAUCAACUUUUCCCCCUGCGUCUGCGGAGCAACCGCGCCAAAGUGUCUGAAUAUGUGUACAGCAAUGGUGCGACACUAAAACUGCCCGAUACGAAGGCGUGGAGCCCGAAUGUUACGGAUGCAGCGAUCCCCACAGAGCCUUGUCACGAUCUUGAGCCAGACACGCUUGUGCCCCUUAUCCCUGAUCCUGCCCCAGAACUGCGACUCGACCAGGGCGAUAAGCGGGAGUUUAUCUAUGUCACUGUGCCGAUUCUUGAAAAGUACGGCAUUGUGCCCAUGGGCUUCAUGAAUGGCUCGACGUGGCGCCCCUAUGGCCAGCGCGGACGCGACCGCCAACCCCUUCUCCACCGCAUCUCUCACGCAAACUCGACAUCUGUGCGGGAUUGGUACAGUACAGAUGUCGCUGAUCCUAUGCAUGAGCUGAUUGCCAGUCCUCAUCCCAGCAAGCCUGUGGUAUUUGAGCUCGUGAUCAAUAACCAGGACGACUCUCCUCAUCCGUUCCACCUUCACGGGCACAAGUUUUGGGUCAUGCAGACGGGCGAGAUUGAUCCAGCGUACGGCGGCUAUGACUACUAUGAAGACGUUGGACAGGUGUAUCCGCUGGAUCGCCGGAUGAAACGUGACACGGUCGUAGUGCCGAUGAUGGGCCAUGCGGUCAUCCGCUGGGUUGCUGACAAUCCAGGCGUGUGGGCUUUCCACUGUCAUAUGCUCGUGCAUCUGGCCAGUGGCAUGGCCAUGGCUAUUGUGGAGCAGCCUGCCUUGUUGCAAGCCAAUCCCCCUGUGCCAAGCGUAUGCAAGCUUUAA